ACAGGAGAGCAUGUCAUGAAGGAGGACCUUGCAAAGGAGACAGGUACCACCGCCGUCCUUGCGGCAGUGGCUACUCGAAGAAAGAGGGCGCCCUGCCCAAGAGUGUCAAGUCGACAUUUUGAUACUGAAAGCAAGGCUGCCUCUAAAGCAAGUGCUGACCAGCUCCCGAAAGCGUUCAAGGGCUUGAAGGGAGAGCGAAGAAGCGAGUACUUCACGUCAACCCCGGAUUCUUGUGCGGGCAGCGCCAGCAGCUUCGAUUGGGGAUCGGCAUUCACGGAGAAAGCCUUUUUCGCUCUGAAAAGUUGCGAACACUUUGAACACACAGGCGUGCGCCACAUGUGCAAAAAUCGGUGUUACUUCCGAGCUUACGAGCCCGUAAGAAAGUGGCACGCUCUUCGGUUGGCCGUGGCAAGAGUGGGGGCAUCGACAGGGGUGCUGACUGGAUGGUGUGUCCAAAUGGACAGAGGUCAGACUGCAGAAGACUCGUGGCGUAUCAGAUACGUUGCUCCAGAUGGGAGCGUGUUUCCUUGCGUCAAGCCGGUGCUGAAAGCCUUGGGCCUGGGACAUGGCGUCAGUGGCUACCCAACGUCGCCUCCCUCGCUACGGCGAAAAAGUCGAACGCCAACAACUUCACCCCAGCCACUACCUGCGGCCUGUGCAACAAUCAGGCACCACCCGAACGGGUCCGCUUAUUUGCUGAAGAACCCACGGGCUGGAACGUUUCCUCCAUCCCCGUUCGGUUUGAUCGAAGAACUCCUGACCGAUGACCCCUGGAAACUGUUGAUUGGAUGCAUCAUGCUGAACCAGACCACCAGGUCGCAGAUGGACCCGGUGCUGGUGCGAUUUCUGGAAAAGUUUCCAACCGCCGACGUAGCUGCGGCAGCUAGCGUGGACGAGAUGACUCGAGUGGUGGCCCCUCUUGGGCUCCAGGAAAGAAGACCCAUUGCUAUCAUCCGCUUUUCACAGGAGUACCUCUCCAAGGCGUGGACAAACGUCAAGGAACUGUACUGGGUCGGGAAGUACGCUGCAGACGCCCACAAGAUAUUCAUCGAACGAAAGUGGCGCGAAGUACAACCCGACGACCACGCGCUGAACUGGUGGGUGGAGUGGAUGCGCGGCGCGCAGCAAGCGGAGGAACCGCUCUCAGCGGCCGAGCGCUCUGUCCCUGCCCUUGAGGUGGUUGGGCGUGACGGAAGUGCUAAUACCUCCAGUGGAAAGCAGCUCGAGUUCUGAGCGGCGAAAUCAUGUAUGCUCUAGUGGAAGUGCGUGUGUAAAUAUAACCUUGAAUAUCUUGUUCCGAAGCUACCUGAGACACAGACCGUAUUUUCAUUGGCGGCGGAAUGAGCUGUUGGUGGUUGUUGGGGUUGCAAAGGAACUAAUAAUGUACCUUGAGGUGGGACCAAUAGAGAACGCAAUUUUUGUGGAAUGUUGAUGCCUUGGCUUUUUACAUGGCAAAAUAUCGGUUGCCCUUCUCAAUUCACUUUAACUGCGUUGUGGAACUUCUGUUUUGCUAUCCAAUCGGCGCUCAUUAGCCAGAGUUCACCUUGCUCGUAAAAGCGGAACCACGCCGAGGAACCUGCGGUGCCCAUGAUAUCUUACACCGAUACUCAGGAGAAUGUUUUUAACUGAGGCACGGCUCGUUGCGGGUUGUUGCACUUUGCUAGCCGAUGUUUUGAA